AUGUCGCUGCGUCGACAGAGCGACGAAGAUAUUUCAGGGUCAUGCCAAGAGUCGGGUGGCACACAAGCGGAUGACUGGGCUGCCGUCGAAGACCCCAACGAGCGUCGCAAGAUACAGAACAGGCUGGCGCAAAGAAAGUUUCGAGCUAAGAUAAAGGAACAAAAAGAGGAUAGCGAGCGACUGGUCGAGAACCAAAGACUCGCAGGAUCUGCCUACGCCUCAGCGGAGCCUGGCGAACUGGACGGCAACAGCCAACUCUCCGGUCUGCCAUGGGGAGGAGUCUCGAUGGAGCACAUCAUCCAGUCGGGCAUAAACAAGGAACAGAGCUCGCCGCAAAGCUCCAAGGACAACUCAGUCUACGCCGCCUACUCGCGCACAGGUGGGAGCUCGCGGUAA